AUGCCGCCGGAGAUGACUGAAUCGCCUGCUCAUAAUUCAACUUUCGAGGCAAAGAUAUGGGAAUCAGUGGUCCCUCCAGUCUUUCAGUUUGUUUUAGGGGUAACUGGGAACGCAAUAGCAUUAGUUGUUCUAAUAUUAUCUAGAAAGAGGCAUCAAUGGAAACCAUUUUACAGACUUGUCUUAGGAUUAGCUUUGACAGAUGGAGUAGGAAUUCUUCUGAUUAGCCUACCAGUCAUGAUGAGAUAUUCCUCGAAAUUUACGUAUGAUUUUCCUAAGCCUCUAUGUAACUACAGUUCCUUUAUUAUCACAUUUCUGAUGAGUUCUUCAGCUAUGAUUGUAUGUGCCAUGUCUUUGGAUCGUUUCAUGGCCAUUUUGUAUCCAUUCAAAUACAACAUACCUGGAAGGGAACGUCGGACGAACAUUAUACUAACUUUUGUUUGGAUUCUUGGAAUGAUCAUUUCUAGUCUGCCUAUGGUGGGAAUAGGUUCCAAUGUAAUUCAUUAUCCCGGUUCCUGGUGCUUUAUGAAUUUUGUGGGGACUUCUACUUCAGACAGAGUAAAUUCCUACAUCUAUUCAAUAUUCGGACUCUCUGUUUUGACUACGACUAUUUUCCUCAAUUGUUUUGUAAUGGUAAAACUUUGCAAAAGUAUCAAUGAAAAAAGAAAAUAUCAGCGUAAAAGACAAAGCACCACAUAUAACAUGAUAUUACUGCUAGUGUUUGUAACUGUUUUCACAAUGUGUUGGAGUCCACAAAUUUUCCUCAUCCUUGGAUAUGCUGCACUGCUGAAUAAUGGAAAUCCUUCAAGAGAUUUAUUAAUAGCCAGGAUUGCAAUUACAAAUUCUGUGAUUGAUCCCUGGAUCUAUAUUUUAUUUCGGAAGGAAAAUCUCCAAGCACUCCAUAGUCGAUGUCGCGGAUCAAGCAGCAAAGUGUAGUCCUCAACAGACAACGACAGGCAGA